GAUGUGUUAAACGUAAAUGCUUAAUGUCGUUCAGUGAGGCCCAAAUGGCCGAAAGCAUCAUCCGCGUUGGUCUCACCGAUGCAUGGAAGGUCACUGUCGCACCAAAUGUGAACACGUGUACUGUUAACACUGACGUGUAUCUGGUGAGGUUGAGGCUUAUUUAAACGAGGAAGAAAAAAACAAGAACAGAGUUCAAAUACUUAAAACAUGACUGCAUCAAAGGAUGGUGCUGAUUUCACCAACAUCUCUGUAGAGGAGCACUUUAGGGUCUCUCAAUCAAAUCACGGUGGACAGUUUGUAGGUCCCACGGAAGAAAUUUCCACGGCGGCUAAUGCCCUUAUCGGGAGGUCGGCGAGAUUGACGGAGGCUCUCAAAGCAGCAUCCAUUAACGUCGGCCACAAGCCUGUGGAAACCAGAGACUUAGCUGCCAUAAAAGAGGUGGAAGCUAGAGCUACCGGAGAGAGCGGCGGUAGUAUAACAGCCGUGGCAAAUGAGGCGGUUGCUCGUAACAAAAAGAUAGGUAAAGAAGAUGAGAAUAAGAUUCAUCUGCGCGAUAUUAUCGCGGAGAUUGAUGUGAAGAUAACAAGAGAUAGAUCAGUAACAAGUGAAGACGCGGAAGCAGUGGUUCAGGCUGAGCUCACUCAUCCUCCCUAUAACCAUGUUAUUCCUGGAGGCGUCGCUGAGUCUGUCACUGCAGCUUAUAGAUUAAAUCGCAGUCCCUCUCUAUGAUAUUAAUUUGCAAUAUCUAUAUAACGGUUACAUAUUAUAUAUGGUCUAAUGACUUUUAUUGCCUCUCUUCUGUUGCACAAAAUGAACUAUAGGAAAGCGCACAACAACUAUCUUUACCAUAAACAACGAACUGAGACAUCAAAACUUAAGCAUAUGAACUAACUGCGACAUCAAAACUUAAGCAUAUUCACAACUAUUUUUAGGGUGAAGAUAUUGCAACUAUCUGCCAGUGUAAAGAUAUUUGCAGUUCUGAAUCUUAGAGAGGUAGGUGUGCAACUCUUUUUCUAUUAAACGGUUGCAUGGUGAUUGAUAGAAUAACCAUGUUUGU